AUGUAUCCAUUUGGAAUCUUCUUUUUUUUUUUUUUUUCUUUUUUUUUUUUGUCCAACAGAACUCAUGUUAGUAUAUAUUUUAGUGAGAAUAUGCUGGUGAAAAUUUUACAUGCUUUUGUUAGUCUGGAAAUGUCUUUAUUUUGCCUUCUUGUUUGGAGAGUUUCUUUCUUUCUUUCCUUCUUUCUUUUUCUGUCUCUCUUUCUUCCUCCCUCCCUCCUCUUUCUUUCUUUUUCUUUCCUUUUCUUUCUUUCUUUCUCUCUCUCUUUCUUUUUCUUUCCUUCUUUCUUUCUUUUUUCCUUCUUUCUUUCUUUCUUUUUCUUUCCUUCUUUCUUUCUUUUUUCCUUCUUUCUUUCUCUCUUUCCUUCUUUCUUUCUCUCUCUCUCUCUUUCUUUCCUUCUUUUUUUCAGAGUCUCUCUCUGUCACCCAGGCUGGAGUGGUGCAGUGGCACAAUCUCAGAACACUGCAACCUCCACCUUCCAGGCUCAAGCAAUCCUCCUGUCUCAGCCUCCCAAGUAGCUGGGACUACAGGCACAUGCCACCACGCCUGGCUAAUUUUUUGUAUUUUUUGU